UUUUAUCGAAAACGAUCGCGAUGUUUCGGCGGAUACUGAAUCUCUUUAAAGAUCGUUAGAUUCGGUUAGAAGCACAAUAAUAUAUCAGUAUUCCAAUACAAAAUUGUAACUUUCGUAAGCGCACUUUUUUUUAUGUGUGUUUCUUGCUGAUCUGUUGGUUAGAUCGUAUAACGUUUUAUCAGAGUCCCCUGGUAAUAUUAGUAGUGGAUUGCUUGGGUGAAGCAGAAUCAGUGGGUUGCCACGGACCGGUUAAAAGUUGUUAAAAGUUGGAAUACUGGAACGAUGCGACCAGAUUCGCUAGUUCUGGCAGCUGUUGUACGCUCCUCAGAAGAUGUGCGGUGAAAGAUAUCACAAAGCCCCGCCGAUACAGUUCCUACCUGAUUGCAAAUCGUGCUGUCAGAAUGGCGAUACAAGUGGAUCCCAUCACUCGGAGACUCACCCAAAUCGCAUUUGUGCUUGGACUGGUUACCGUCGGUUUUGGGCAAGUUGCAAAACGUCGCGUUAAAAAGCGGUAUGAGCAUAUCGAUGCAUACGAAGAAGCCGUUGAUUAUUUCACAAACAACAAACAUAUAAAAAAUUUUCUGGGUGAGCCCAUAAGAAUUCGGGGAGUCGACGUGCAUGAUGGGUUUACAAUGGAAGAUAAGAACUGGUUCAAGUUCGCUGUAAAAGCUACUGGACCGAAAUCAAGUGCCAGAAUGUAUAUGGAGGCCAGUAGAGUCCCCGAUGUUUUCCGUGAUCAUGCUCAUCUGACCAGUUUGGAAGUGGAAUUAGAAAAUCCACGAGGCCGAUUGAAAAUUGUUUGAAAAGGUUUUCGUCUUCUGUUCUUUAUCAUAUCUGUGUUGUACAUAAGUGCUGUUUUUGAUUUCCCGAAAUUUCAAGUCAUUGAUGUGGCUGUGAGUUUGUGAUAUACGAUGCUGGUGGUUUGCAAAUUUUUGCCAAAAGAUUGCCCGGCAAAAAUAGAUGAUGUCUGAUUUUUAGUAACUUAAUGUUACAACUGUUUUUAGUAACUUAAUGUUUUCACUCACGCAGCACUCAGCUUACCAUGUUGAUGGCGGAGCUUUUUCUUGUAUGUAAUCUAAAAACUAUAGAGUUUCUUGCUAUUUUUUUUAAUUGUUAAUGCGUCGCGCCAGUUCAUGGACUUAUUUAUUUUUCGAAUGCCAUAAUUUCAUGGCAAACACUGAGCCCGGUGAUACCCGUGCAUAUUGCAAUUCUUAUUCGGCAUUAGCGUUUUGUGGUGAUUAAUGUCCGUAAUGAAAUCAUAAAACUGA